CGUCAUUCAACAACAAUACUGGCACCCUCAGCAUCCUCACAUUCUCAGGGAUAAGUGUGUGUGUGUGUGAGGGAGUGGAGGGUAGUCGCAUCACUCAAGAGGAGUAGGCGUGCUCCUUUUGCGCUGCAUCGUUUGAUGAGCUCCCAGGUCCCCCCCCAAACCUGCACGGUGGGUUCUCAGUGGGUGAGCUUGGCCAAUCAAAGCCUUUGAACGGAUUCCCUAUUGCCGGAGGAGUAGAGCUCGACUUCAGACGUGGUAACACAGCCGUGUGCACUUUGGAUAACUCUCACAGCAGGUGGAACUUGUCGUUUUUUUCUUUUAUUUCAUCCCCGAGAUGCGGCGCAGAAGCGCGCGUCCCGCACCAGCUGGAGAGCUGCGCACACUGCCACGAAUGAUUUAGUCAGUCAGCGCAGGUGACUGGUACUUUUCACUGCUUGCAGAUCUGGAUUUGAGUUCAAGUCCACGGUGGCAAAAAUAAGCUGAAAAUUGCGCGCAAAGGGGGGCGUGAUUUUUUUUGUCCCUAAAAUGCAGGUGGAUCGGAGCUGUGCGCGUUCCACCAGGGCUUUUUUUGCUUGGAUGGUUUUACUUCUCUCAACUCUGAGCAUCAGGGCAAGCGGGCAGGGAGGCACCCACCAAAGCAUCCCUCCAUCCGUAGUGAAACUAUGGGCCUCAGCCUUUGGUGGGGAAAUGAAGUCCAUCUCUGCAAAGUACUCUGGUUCCCAGCUGCUGCAGAAGAAAUACAAGGAGUUUGAGCGAGCAGUGCAGGUGGAGGAGAUUGAUGGACUACAGUUGGUAAAGAAGCUGGCAAAGAACAUGGAGGAGAUGUUUCACAAGAAAGCCCAAGCCAUGAAGAGACUCGUGGAGGCGGCAGAAGAGGCCCACCUUCAGCAUGAAGAAGAACCAGACCUGCAAUAUGAAUACUUCAACGCAGUGCUGAUCAAUGAAGUGAACGAGGAAGGGAACAACGUAGAGCUUGGAGGAGAGUUCAUCCUGCAGCCCAAUGACCAUUUUAACAACCUUUCAGUCAAUCUGUCCCUCAGUGUUGUGCAGGUUCCCACCAACAUGUACAACAAAGAUUCUGCCAUUGUUAAUGGAGUAUACUGGUCUGAGGCGCUCAACAAAGUGUUUGUGGAUAAUUUUGAGAGAGAUCCUUCCCUCAUAUGGCAAUACUUCGGUAGUGCCAAAGGCUUUUUCAGGCAGUAUCCAGGAAUCAAAUGGAAGCCAGAUGAACACGGGGUCAUAGCUUUUGACUGUCGGAAUCGGAAGUGGUACAUCCAGGCAGCCACCUCCCCAAAGGAUGUGGUGAUCCUGGUUGACGUCAGUGGCAGCAUGAAAGGCUUAAGACUGACUAUUGCCAGGCAAACAGUUUCCUCCAUUCUGGACACUCUUGGGGAUGACGACUUUUUUAAUAUCAUUGCUUACAAUGAAGAAUUGCAUUAUGUGGAACCCUGCCUGAAUGGAACACUGGUUCAAGCAGACGUCACCAACAAAGAUCAUUUCCGUGAACAUCUUGACAAGCUGUUUGCUCAAGGCAUCGGCAUGUUGGACUUAGCACUUACUGAAGCCUUCAGUCUUCUUGGGGAUUUCAACAAGACCGGGAGGGGCAGUGAGUGCAGCCAGGCCAUAAUGUUGGUGACAGAUGGGGCAGUCGAUACAUAUGAUGCUAUCUUUGCCAAGUUUAACUGGCCAGAUAGGAAGGUCAGAAUCUUCCCUUAUUUAAUUGGUCGAGAAUCUGCCUUUGCAGAGAAUCUGAAGUGGAUGGCCUGUGCCAACAAAGGGUAUUUCACUCAAGUUUCCACACUGGCAGAUGUGCAGGAAAAUGUAAUGGAGUAUCUCCAUGUGCUUAGUCGUCCCAAAGUAAUUGACCGGGAACACGACACAGUGUGGACUGAGGCGUACAUCGACAGCACUGUGAAAGAUUUUCAGCUUCCCCAAGCACAAAAGUUGGAGGACGGUCAAGGUCCAGUUCUGAUGACCACAGUAGCAAUGCCAGUGUUUAGCACCAAAAAUGAGACUAGAAACCACGGAAUCCUGUUAGGUGUGGUUGGUACAGAUGUUCCUGUCUCGGAGCUUCUCAAAACUAUUCCCAAACAUAAGCUGGGCAUCCAUGGCUAUGCCUUUGCAAUUACCAAUAAUGGAUAUAUCCUCACCCAUCCAGAUUUACGGCCACUUUAUGGAGACGGUAAGAAGCGAAGGAAACCAAACUACAGCAGUGUGGAUCUUUCUGAGGUGGAAUGGGAGGACAAGGAUGACACGCUGAGAAAUGCCAUGGUCAACAGGAAAACAGGGACCUUCUCUAUGGAGGUGACAAAAAGUGUGGACAAAGGGAAACGUGUGCUGGUUUUGCACAAUGAUUACUUCUACACUGAUAUCAAAGGAACUCCUUUCAGUCUAGGGGUGGCUCUUUCCAGAGGACAUGGGAAAUAUUUCUUCAGAGGGGAUGUUACAGUUGAUGAAGGGCUUCAUGACUUGGAACACCCUGAUGUUGCAGUGGCAGAUGAAUGGACAUACUGCAAUACAGACGAGCACCCUGAGCACCGCCAUCUAUCCCAAAUAGAAGCCAUUAAACUGUACCUCAAUGGACACAGACCCCACUUAAAGUGUGACAAGGAGCUGAUUCAGGAAGUGCUAUUUGACGCAGUGGUGACCGCUCCACUGGAGGCCUACUGGACUAGCCUGGUACUCAACAAGUCAGAAAACUCAGAUAAAGGCGUGGAAAUAGCCUACCUGGGCACAAGAACAGGACUGUCCAGGAUAAACCUCUUUGUGGUUCCUGAUGAACUUACAAACCAAGACUUCCUGACUGCUGAAGACAAAGAGGGGGUGUUCAAUGCAGAUCAUUUCCCGCUGUGGUAUAAGAGAGCAGCAGAACAAGUUCCGGGGACCUUUGUUUACUCUCUGCCUUUCAAUACAGGAUCAGAAAACAAGAGCAUUGUGCUGGCCAGUACUGCUAUCCAACUUCUGGAUGAGAGGAAAUCUCCCAUUGCUGCAGCUGUGGGCAUCCAGAUGAAACUGGAGUUUUUUCAGAGGAAGUUUUGGACAGCCUGCAGACAGUGCACUGCAUUAGAUGGGAAAUGCUCCAUAAGCUGUGAUGAUGAGAAUGUCAACUGCUACCUUAUUGACAACAAUGGCUUCAUUCUGGUAGCUGAGGACAACAGUCUGACGGGAACGUUUUUUGGUGAACCUGAAGGAGCAGUCAUGAACAAACUUCUGCAGAUGGGCUCCUUCAAAAGGGUUACUUUAUAUGACUACCAGGCUCUGUGUUGGGUUUAUUCAGAGAGUAGUGACAGUGGUCACACUCUGCUUGAUCCUUACUUUGCUUUCCUCUCUGCUGUGAAGUGGAUCCUGACUGAGCUUGUCAUAUUCCUGUUUGAAUUCAACUUGUACAGUUGGUGGAACUCAGAUCUCUUCGCAAAAGCUCAGCGGACAGGACGAAGCAUGCAGUUACCAUGUGACACGGAGUAUCCAGCUUUCAUCUCAGAGAGGACCAUCAAAGAGAACAUGGGCAACAUUGACUGUGAUGGCUGUUUCAAGUCAUUUGUGAUUCAGCAGAUCCCGAGUAGUAAUCUCUUCAUGGUGGUGGUGGACAACAAGUGCGACUGCAGUCUCUUUGAGCCAAUCACAAUGGACCCCAUAGAAAUCAUGUAUAACGAAUCUCUUAAGUGCGAAAGACUGAAAAUGCAGAAGGACAGGAGGCGUCCAGACACCUGCCACCCUUUUCAUCCAGAGGAGAACUCGAUGGAGUGUGGAGGAGCUGUGACACUCAUCUCAAGUCUUGUCUCCAUACUGCUUUCCUUACUUAUUGCUGUUUUUAUCAGGUGACCACAACUGCUUUGUGUUUCUCAGUCCACAUCUUGUCCUGGAUCUUAGCUUGCAAAACUAAUGCAACAAUACAGCAAAAUAACACUUUUGACCCUAUUUUAAAAAUGAUGCCCAAUUUCAACCCACCUCCUACAGGAUCCCUAACCUUGAGUAGCCACUCAAAAAUGAUGAAUAGAUAUGAGCUGCUAAGUGGUAAUCUUUAAGGUGCUUUAGCAAUAAAACAAUCAAGAAAAAUGCUUCAAGGAGCUUCAAAAUUCAAACAACACUGUGAACAGAAAACUCAGUAGCAUAAAAUGAGCUGUUGGAUUAAAGGUCAACAAUUCAGUUCUUUCAGGUUGCAGAUAAGAGCUAGGGGUCUGUGGCUGGAAUUGGAACUGGGCAUCAAUCAAACAAACCCCCCUUUUGGAGAGAAUGACACAUGUUCUCCUACUUCAACUUGUUAUGGACAAUAUUUCUUCUGAUGAUAUAAGAAAUGAUCAUGAAGGUGAUUUUGUGGCCCUGGGUUAUCUUUCAGUGUCUGUCUAAUUACGUUUACCCAUUGUAAUGAAAAAAAAAAAGAUAUAUUAUAUUUAGCGGUUAAAAAAACACAAAUAUUUUAUUUAUGAUUUGAAAGUGGUUCUCAAACUGUGACUACAAGAUUUUAAGUCCUCUGAUGUGAGUGGUUGUUGAUAUUUGAGCUCUGCCUUAUGGAACAAUGUUGGUCCUGUUUGUGUACUUUUGUAAUAAAACUGUGUUUAAAAAUUCA